AGGACGUGCCGCACGCGAAGGUCACCGACUUCGGGCUGGCCAGGGUGCGCGUGGCGCGCCAGCAGUGGGCGCAACCGGCGCCCGGCCUGCUGCGGCAGCAGCACCGAGGUCGGGCUCCGUGGGGCUCGCGCGGCGCUGCGCUGGGAAGGAGCUCGAGCUGCCCGCACUUCGUGGGGGUGCACCCGUGCAGCCGCCCGCGGGGCGUCGUCGACGUGCUCCCCCGCGUGGAGGAGGCCUCCCCCCGCACAGGCCCAACAACGCCGUCGCCGGCGUCUUCCCAGGCUGCACCCGAUCUGCAUCUGCUUCUGGCGGGGCCCCACGGCGCCGGCAGCCCGGGGCGGCGGCAGCUGCCCACCAGCCCGGAGGACACGGCGUCGACCUCUUGCUCGCAGGUCGCCCACGACACGCUCCCCGGACCCACGCCGCAGCGGCGCAUGCGCCACGUCGCGUCGAUGCCCGACUUCCAGGGCAGGUGCGGGAGCUCUCGCUCCUCCUCCUGCUCCUCCAGGACCCGCUCUCGCCCCAGCUCGCCGCCGCGCUCCGACAUGCCGGACGACGCCAGCCAGCCAAGCACGCCGUGGCUCUCCGACGCCAGCCGACCCGACCUGGCGGAGAGCGAGGAGAGCUCCGCCAGCCUUGGCCACGGCGCGCGCAACUUCAGCUCCGACUCGCUCUGCUCGGACGCCUCCAGGAACACGUCGGCCAGCAGGCUGACCUGCCGCAUCGGCACCGUGCCGUGGAUGUCGCCCGAGCUCCUGCGGAGCGGCUCGAGCUACACCGCCAAGGUGGACGUGUACGCGUACGGGGUGCUGCUCUACGAGAUCCUGUUCUGCGAGCCCCCGUUCGCGGAGCUCGAGCCCGAGGAGGUGGAGGCGGCCGUCCUCGCGGGAUACAGGCCCGACACGGACUGGGACGGCGGCGAUGACGUGCCCUCGCAGCUGCUGGGGCUGAUGCGGGCGUGCUGGCACGAGGACGCUCCGCGGAGGCCCUCCUUCGACACGCUGGUGGGCGCCCUGGCCGCGUUCCGGAGGGAGGACGCGGCGGCCUUCGAGGCCCUCCUGACCGCAGGCGAGGGCGAAGCGGAGAUGGGCAUGUCGCACUGGGAGGUGUGCAUCUCGCGUGGGCCAUCGUCGGCAAUUGUUGUGUGAAACCUGCCAUUCGAUCCGCCCACACAUCUAAUCGUCUAUUCCUCGCGACGAACUUGCGGCAGCAAUUUGUCGAUACGCGGGCACCCCCGAAGACAAAACUCCCAUUGCCUUGCCCUCGCGGCAGUGGCGGCAAGUUUUUCAGCUCAUUCAUGCGACUUGUUGGAGAUGCAUGCCUCUUUUCCCCUGCUCACGCGCCGGCCAUUGCUUUUUCUUUUCCCUGCUUACGCGCCGUCUGGUGCAAGGCACACUCACUCACUCUCUCACCCCCUCCACGCCCAAACUACGCAUGUGAUGCUUGUUUUCCCGAAUAUGUUUUCCCGGCGAACUAUCGUUUGCAGGAUUCACUGCUCCGUGGCAUGGGAGUUGGUAGCAGUGGCUCGGCCUCGGAUCUGGAUGAACUCUUAGCUGACCCAGUCCAUGGAGUGUGAGCUGAGGUGUAUGAUGAGAAGGCUGGGGAGGAACAGGAUGCAGGGCCAGUCUUCGCUUUGUACUUCUUACACUGCAGCAUCUGUUGCUUGCAGCUGCCUGUAACGAUAAUAUCUGCCGCAUUGCAGCUUCUUUAGCUGCCUGUAAAGAUGAAUUAUACGUGGGUGCGGGUAGACACUGACUUUUUCACACCUUUAAGUCGUAGCCCCCCGUAUGCAUUUCAAUGUUGGUUUCGCAGUGUACUCCAUGUGCGCAUUUACAUGCGGUUUAAGCUUGGCGUUUGAAUGCUGUCCCAGAGCGCACUUCGAGUGCAAUCGCCUGCGUACUCCUCGGCGUUGGACCAGGCCCGGUGCCCUGGCAAGAGCCAACCAAAAGCACUAUUCGGUGAACAUGCUAAGGUGAUCGCACGAUGGUUUGCGCUUUCCAGCGUCACGGUAACCACCAAACAGCUCGUCUCGCAGCGAUCCUCUGAGUGCGUGUCGGUGUCC